CCCGGGGAUGUCAGCGGCAGAGGCAGCGAGAGCGCAGGCAGUCGGCUCAUGCGGAGCUGCCGAAGUGCUGACAAACCCUGCCUGGAGACGCACGUCACAGCAGCUAGACGGGCAUCCUUACAGCAGGACCACGGAUGCACAAGGGAGAACAGUAAACCUGUCUUUUAUUUCAGGGAUGUCAUGAUCAAAGCAGCUACUUUGGAGCUCCAGCCAAGCCUUCUGCCUGCUAGUUUCAAUGUGUUGAGAGGAGAAAUUAAGCAAGUUUGAAAAGCCUAUUAUUUCUGACAGGUUUCAGAGGACUUCACACUGGGCAAGUUUUACGUGCUCAAAGCUGACAGCCUGCUGGAGAGAUGAGUUCUCAAUCCAAAGCUGGCCGGGGCACUGCAGUAACUUCUUGGGUAGAGAGAUAACUUUCCACCGAACUCAAUCAUCUGUGUGCUGUGCAUGGGACCCAACCAUACCUUGCUAUGGAGGAUGAUUUUAAAGAUGAAUACCUACUUUGAUGAGAAAUCCAAUUCAUCAAUACCUGGAUAUUUGAAAGUUUCUGCAUUAAAUAGCGGCAACCUUUCUGCGAACAACUCCAAUGAGACAACAAGCAACCUGGAUUCACCCACCUUGGAUAUCAGCAGGGCAAUAAUUGUGGGGCUUAUCCUAGGUGCCUUUAUACUCUUUGCUAUUAUAGGUAAUAUUUUGGUAAUUCUCUCUGUUGCUUGCAAUAGACAUUUAAGAAUCCCUACAAACUAUUUCAUAAUUAACCUUGCAAUAGCAGAUUUGUUGCUGAGUUUUACUGUCCUUCCAUUCUCUGCUACACUGGAAAUCCUCGGCUACUGGGUUUUGGGGAGGAUAUUUUGUGAUAUCUGGGCAGCAGUUGAUGUGCUCUGCUGUACAGCUUCUAUUUUAAGUCUAUGUGCAAUUUCCAUAGAUAGAUAUAUAGGAGUACGUUAUUCUCUCCAGUAUCCAACUUUGGUAACAAGAAGAAGAGCAAUUCUAGCUCUCCUAGGUGUCUGGGUUCUUUCCAUGGUAAUUUCUAUUGGGCCUCUUUUGGGCUGGAAAGAACCAGCACCCAAGGACGAUAAGGAGUGCCGCAUCACUGAAGAACCGUUCUACGCUUUGUUUUCUUCCUUGGGGUCCUUUUACAUUCCCUUAAUUGUCAUUCUUGUGAUGUACUGCCGGGUCUACAUAGUGGCCAAAAGGACUACUAAAAACCUGGAAGCUGGGGUUAUGAAAGAGAUGUCCAACUCCAAGGAGCUGACUUUACGGAUCCAUUACAGGAACAUACAUGAGGAUACAUUAAACAGCACAAAAUCAAAGGGUCACAAUCCCAGGAACUCCUUAGCUUUCAAACUUUUUAAAUUCUCUAGAGAAAAGAAGGCAGCCAAAACGCUGGGAAUUGUGGUCGGCAUGUUUAUCUUGUGCUGGCUACCUUUCUUCAUUGUUCUGCCACUAGGAUCUCUGUUUUCGGCUCUGAAGCCCCCUGAAACAAUCUUCAAGGUGAUUUUUUGGCUUGGUUACUUUAACAGCUGCUUGAAUCCAAUCAUCUACCCUUGUUCAAGCAAAGAGUUCAAGAGGGCUUUCAUACAGAUCCUAAAAUGCCAGUGCCACCGUCGAAAGCAGUUGGGGUGGUGGGCCUACAGCUACAGAAACUGGAAUCGGUGCUCCUUUGAACACCCUAGGAAGGACUCUCUGGAAGACAGUGGGAGUUUCCUAAGUGGCAGUCAAAGGACAUUAUCUUCAGCAUCUCCCAGCCCUGGCUACCUGAGCAAAAUCACUCACCCACAUAUGGAAAUGUGCACAUUCCAGGAAUGGAAAAACUCCAGCUCUUUCCUGAGUCCCUUACAAGAAAGCAGCAGUCAAAAGGAUCCAUACCAAUUCUUCACCUUCAAUCUCUUACCAGAGCACAACGGACACAUUGCUGCUAGCAGCCAAGCUUCCAGCAAUGGGGACCCCGAGGCCAUCUGUGACACACUGAAUGGUAAAACUGACUGCAGAGCAAACAGGAUGCUGGACUGAUCAGAUUCUAAGGUCUGUGUGGUCUCACGUCUCUUCAUAUGCUACCUGUUUGACAUUUGGCCCGGGUGAAGAAAGAGACCUUUGGACAAUUUCUCAGCAUGGUAUUAGAAGGAAGCCAGCAGGGAACAGGCAGAUUAAUGUGACGAGAGUGGCAAAGUCUAGGGGCUAACCGUAUUCCCAGUUAAUUGCCAAAGAGGCUACUGAAGCGAGCGCAGAAUGCGUGGAAGUGGCUGGAUAAACCCAGGGAAGUGCACAGGCAAUUAUUUAGCUAUUGUGGAAGUGCUGUAGAACAGCUGAACACACAUGUAUAUAGAAAAAAAAAAAAGUUCAAAUACAGGGUUGGGCAGGGGAAAUGCGUAUGGAAGUGUGUGUGUACACGUGUGCUAGCCGCAUGUUUGGGUGCCUGAGAGUGGAAGUGAGCAACGCAGCUGUGUAGUGUUGUUUGUACCUCUCCAGGGUAACUAGUUGCCACUGAUUCUGCCUGUAAAAAACUUGUUGUACUUCACUGUACAUUUGCACUUUAGAAAUGGAAGACAAUGUCUUAAUUAACUAUUAAAGUAAUUUCGCAACAAUUUAAGCACUUGCACAAAUCACUGUAGAACUGGAAUUUGGCCAAGUUCCCUCACCGCAAUGCUAAAUCCAAAAUAAAACACUUGUGGCAGUUAAAUUU